UGUUGCUUUUUGUUCUUCGAAAAGUUUUGAGAACUUGGGAAGAGAAAUGUGAAAAACAAAUUCGAUAAAGUGUUUCAAUUGCGGAUGAUAACGUAUUUGCGCGAAUAAAUCGUCAUAGUCAGGUGAAACUGUGUUCGAAAGGUCGUCGAUGAAAUUUCAGUGAAAUUCGCCAGAUCAUUUUUAUUCGCGUACGUUGACAUGAAUUUAUUGGUAUUCGAACGGAUUUGCUCGGAAACUAAAUACCAAUAGAAAGGAUCAAAAGAUGAAUAGAACUUGUAUUCAAUAUUCACACGAGGUUUGCACUCUACUAUAACGUUGCUUCGAGUAAUUAUCAUCAUAAAAAAAUCCAAAUCUCAUGACGAAUGCCUCCACUAACAAAAUCCAUGGACCCAGUUGAUUCACCUUAUGGAACCCGAGACCACGAUAUAAAUUUCGAUACCAGAUCUCUAUGGAUAGUGUUUUACGAUUACAAGGCUCAAAAUGAAGACGAGCUCGACCUGCGCCGAGGAGAACAAGUCGAAGUGCUAUCCAAAGAUGCCAAGAUAUCCGGCGACGAUGGCUGGUGGACUGGCAAAAUCGGCGAUAAAGUUGGAAUUUUUCCUUCCAACUUUGUUACCAGAACUGGCACGCAGAUACCUGUCAUCGAUGUAAACGAAUUGAAUUUGAUCAAAGAGAUCGGUGCCGGAGGUUUUGGACGUGUUUUCGGAGGAUACUGGAAUAACGAAGAAGUGGCUGUGAAAAUAGCUAGACAUGAUCCUAGCGAAGAUGUCGAAGUCGCGAUUGAAAAUGUGCGACAGGAAGCUAACUUAUUUUGGUUCCUCGACCAUGAAAAUAUAGUUCAUUUAUUAGGUGUUAGUUUAGAGUUUCCUAAUUUAUGUCUGAUUAUGGAGUACUGUCGCGGAGGUGCUUUAAAUCGUAUACUAGCUGGCAGGAAAAUCAGACCUGAUGUUUUACUAGAUUGGGCUAUACAGAUCGCCCGAGGUAUGGAUUAUCUUCAUAAUCGUGCUCGUAUUCCUGUUAUUCAUCGAGAUCUCAAGUCGUCCAAUGUUCUACUCAAGGAACCUAUAGAAAAUGACGAUUUGCAAUUCAAGACGUUGAAAAUAACCGAUUUUGGAUUAGCCAGAGAGAUGAACCAUACGACAACCAUGUCAGCUGCGGGCACUUAUGCGUGGAUGGCUCCCGAAGUUAUUAGUAAAUCGCAGUAUUCGACUAGUAGCGACGUUUGGAGUUAUGGAGUGGUACUAUGGGAAUUGCUAACCGGCGAAACACCUUACAAAGAUAUAAAUCCGUAUGCGGUCGCAUAUGGAGUCGGUAUGAAUAAAUUAACGUUACCUAUUCCGACAACGUGUCCGCAAGCUUUCAGAGAUCUUAUGGAAGUGUGUUGGAGUCCCGACCCGCAUAAAAGGCCGAAAUUCGACGAAAUAUUGAAGCAUUUAGACGUCAUUGUACAUUCCACGUUUCUACAAACUCCUCAUGAAUCAUUCCAUACCAUGCAAGAUGGCUGGAAAGCUGAGAUCGAAGAAGUUCUGCUAGGUCUUCGCAAUAAAGAAAAGGAAUUGCAAUGUCGCGAAGAAGAAGUUCUCAAAGUAGCCGAGAAGAUCAAAAUCAAAGAAAAAGAGCUGCAGUUGAGAGAAUUCGAGCUAGUUCAACGAGAACUUAACUUAAUGAUCCAGCAACAAGCUCCGACGCCUAAAAAGCGUCGUGGCAAUUUUAAUCUUAAUAAGUUGAGAAAAAUAAUGUCCAAUAAGAAACCUAUCGUCAGUUCGCCGAUUAAUUUUCGACACCAGAUUACCGUACAAGAAACCGUAGUCGGCGAGCGAAAGUGUUUCAACAUGAGUGUGCCGAAUUCUCCGCCAUCCUCACCUGGGGUUCCGAGACUCCACAUAGCGAUGCCUGCGGACGGACUGAAAGGAAAAACAUGGGGUCCGAGUACGUGCCAUCAAAAAGAACGAGGACAAAUAAUCGACCUCAGAAGCACCGUACCGGUUACCGAUAAAAUUUGGUCCAAAUCAGCGCCCAAUUUGGAGAAACAUCAAGCCCAUUCGAGAUCAAAUUUCGGCGUCCUCAGUGAAAUAGAUUACCAAUAUACACCCGCUGAUAACGAAUGGCUGAGCGACGAGUCGAGUACUGCGAAUUUAUACCAUAGCUCCAAAGAAGAUAGCCUUUUAAUUAAUACGAAAUCGCAAAAAUGCUCAAACGUAGAAGUAUUAUUAUGUAAUAUGGCCUCGAUGUUAGCCAGCGUGGCUGCUGGAUACGAUAUACGCUUAUCAAAUGUAACCAACGUGCAUCCUAGAUUUGUGCCGGAACGGGAUGAACCAUCGCAUCAGAGGUACUGGCAGGGUGAUCAUGCAAGACCAUAUUUAAAUACUGAUUACGAUUAUUCGUCUAGUUCAUCGAGUUAUGCUCGUAAUACGUAUCACGGACCAGUGAAACAUUACCGACCGUCGUUAACCGAUACCAUAGAUUUUAAACCGCUUAGAUUUACCGAUUCUCCGCAGCAUAAUGUCUCAUCGAAGCAUAGUACUCCUAGAAGAAAAAUUAGUAAUCCUGGUGUAGAUAUCGAGACAUCGUAUCCUCCUCCUCCUGCACCUUCGGGAGGCUUGACAGCGUACAGCUCUACCGAUUCUAGUUGCAGAUCUGACUAUUACCGAAGUCCAGAACAUCAUGCUACCCCUUCAGGUUACCAAUACCAAAGCAAUAACGAUUACCCCGCUUACGGCGACGAACCAGCAUAUCACUCUUAUUACGACAAUCCGUCGACGAUAGCUAGUAACGGUAUACGAAGUCCGAGACGUUCCUCUCAUCGAAGAACUCCAUCGAACACAUCGAAUAGUAUAGGUAUCAGCAAUAAUAACCCGGCUUAUCCUCUCGAAGGAGAAGAAGGAGCGGAGAUGUUUUAUUCGCCGUAUACACGAAGAGCAGGCGACUACUCGGGGUACUUUUCGCGUCAAAAUUCAGUCGAGUCGUCGUCCGGCGAAAGGCCUAGUUUCUUGGAUGUGGGAUCGACGACCAAGUUACGUUCUAGUUUAAAACGAUCGAAUUACCUGUCACCGGCGCUCAGGGCACAGAAUACUGGUGGAUCUUCGUCUUCUGGUCCUGGGUCGCCGACGAAUCCAACGCCUCCGGAAAGUGUUACUAGCGAGGAUAGCAGCUACAUGUCAGCUAGAGAUAGCUCAUCUAACUCUAUAUCGCGAGUAAGAUUCUCUCCGAAUACGUUAAUGGAUGUGCCAUGUCAUUCGCAAGACUCGAGUCAUCGUCGACCAUACAGCAGAGAGUCAUCGAGGACGAGAAGACCGUCGUAUUCGGACUACGAUCGUGAUUAUUUAUCUUAGUGCGUACUACCUUCAUAGUUACAGGGUUUUUAAUUUACGAGCUUCAGUAUUAUGUAUUUUAUCGUGUUUUAUUUUUACCUAAUCACCUAAAAAGCUGAGAGUAGAGUCACGUGAUUUUGAUUUUACUUCCUCUAUAUACGAAAUUUGAUCAGCUUUCGUGCUGCUUUUUUUUCUACGGUGCCAUCGUUGGCUAAAUAAUGAAAAAAGCGUUGUAUUUUUUUUUUGCCUGCCUAGAGGGAGGGAAGGGUUGGCUGAUUUUAAUGUUAUUUUAAAUUAUUUCGAUUUUGUUCCAGAGUUUAUGUUAACUAAUGGGACAGUUUUUUUAAUUUUAACGACGAGUCCGGCGUCAUGGAGACAAUCAGGUGAAUUUUUAAUAAUUAAUAAAUCAACGCUUUAUUCGUUAUGAUAAAUUAAUAACGAAUACAUUCAUUUCAUACGUUAACGUAUACUAGAGCGUUGUUGCUUUUAAAUAUUUGAUUAUACGUACGUCCGAUGUGUUUCAUUUUGCAUGACGUAUACGCGAAUCAAGUACGACAAUUUUUUCAUGUGAUACUUGAAAACACCACACAUUGUUUAACUUUUUGCGGCAUUAUUGCGCGAGCGAGCUUUUAAAAGACUUGAUAGGUAUAUAAAUGAAAUACCUAUGUAUGUAUUUUACAAGCAUUCGAGGAGUCUAUAAAGUAGCAGUAUUAACGGUGAAGAAUUCCUGCGGAAUAUUUGUGUUUUAUAUUAUUUAAAAUUAAGGUGUUUUUUUGAAUUUUUUUUUUUUACCUACUCGUGUACGCACAAACGACGAAGGAUUUUUUUUUCAAAAUGUACGCGUGGUUUGAGUUUAAACGCGUCAAAGAAAAAGCUCGAAUGGAAAAUUGGACGAAUGUUCAUACGACCGAGUCGUAUAGUCGUUAUAUAGCAACAUAUUAUCAACUUUUUUUUCGUUUUAUUUUGUUUACUGAUGAAAGCAAUUUUUUAUCAAGCUAUUGCCGAGCAGAAUAUUCAAAGGAGUCGAGUUAGCAUUUGUACGAGUGAAAAUGAAAACAAAUUUUCAUUAUAUUCGCUGGUAUUCGUUUUAGGUAUUCUUUUUGCGUUUGAUUUUGAUUUCUGAAAAAAAAAAUUGAAAACGCAGGUUUUAUAGUUUUUAAUGAGUGGGAUGAAGAAAUGCGAUAUGAAGAACGAAUAAUCUGUUUUUGUAGUUUUUCGAAGGGAAAAAAUGUCCAUCUGAUUGUCGAAUGAGUUGGGGGGAACCUCAAGAGAUUGUAGGAACAAUUUUGGAUCUUUGAUUUGAACCAUCACUUUUCUACUGGGGUUUCAAAUUUUUAAAUUUACACCGAAAAACAAAAAAAAAUUUCGAAAUUUUUUUUUGUGUUAAUUGAUCAUAUUACAUCUACUUAGAAGUAAUAAGACCGUUUUUGAAUUUUUUCCCACCAUUUUCAAGGGUUUCGCAUGACUUGCAAAAAUGAUAUCUAGACCUAGGUAUUCAAAAGUUGUGUAAAAUGACUUAAAAUGAUGAAAAAAUUUCAAAAAUAGUUUUCUUGUAAGUCGAUGUAAUUAAUAAUGAUCAAUUGAACAAAAAAAAAAAUGGAGUAACUUUUUUUUGAUUUUUAAUGUAAAUUUCAGAAUUUGAAAUUAAAGUGGAAAAGUGAUGGUUCAGAUGUGAGGUCUAAAAUUUUUCCUACAGUCUUUUGAGAUCCCCCCCUCCACAAUUUUUUAUCGUAUCCCUUCAACAAUUUUACAAAAGAAUCAUCAAAUUAAAAAUUUUUUAGUCAAACCCCGAAGUUCUAUGCUGCAUUUUUUUUCUUUUUUUUUUGGUAUUCUGUGCCUUAUAAUAUGUACCUACUUAUAGUGUUUUUUUUAUCGUGGAAUUCAAUUCAUUUUUUGAAAUUAGGAAAAUAGAAGCAUUAUUUGAUAAUUCCUUGCUUGUGUACGAAAAUAAGAUUGAGAGAAGGGGACGAACCCUUAAAAAAAUGCCCACUUUGAUCAAAGUUGAAAAUAUUUUUAAAAAAUUCAAAUUCAACUUUGAAAAUUUUUGAACACUGAAAAUUGCAUGGAAAAUUGAGUGUUUUCUUUGAAAGCUCACUUUCAACAUUUCGUGAUGAAAAAACAUUGAGAAUCUCAUUUAAAAAUUUGAAAAGCCAUCAAGUUUGUAUUAUUAAGAGUAAAAAUCGAGUGUGGUUUUCGUUUUAGGACCCAUGAACUGGAGAAGGAAGAGGAGCAGGAGUGGGUGGAGUGGGAGGGGGGGGUUGGCAGGCUUUUCAAAAAUUCACGUCCAACAAAAAAAGUCGUGUCCAUCUUUCUAUUGGUAUGUUUUAAUGCUGAGUUCGAUUAUCGAAUUUUUUUGCAUUUCAAUCCCUUUUACCACCCCCUCUUCCUGACCCCUGCAGCGUACAAGUAAAGAAGGAUCUUACCCGUGGAGGUGACGAAAUCAGCCCUUGACUUGAAUUGGCUCAAAAGUAAUCCAAAAUUUCACUCGUGAAUGUCUCAAUAAUUUUUGAAAAACACCUCCUGACAAAAAAUGAAUGAAGAUGUAAUUCUAGACAAAUUUUUCAAAGCUUCAGCUCUCGUUUUGCUCAAAUUAUUGUUCAAAUUUUCAAACAUUUUUGACGAUAAAAAAUAAACUCGAGGAAUUAAUUGAAAAAAUGUUAAUUCUUUGUUCCAACCCAUAAUUUUUUUCAAGUUUUGAUUAUUCGUAAUUUUUUGAACUUUUAUUUGAAAUUGUUGUUUUUGAUCACCCUCUCCCCCCCCAACCAUUCGGUCGUAUCACCCCUGAUGAAUCUCUCUGGUGUUUUUUUUUUUUUUUUUUUUUUGUUUCCUAUUCGAUUUAUUUAUUUAUUUUUAGCUCACUUUGUUCUCGGUCAAAUUUUUGUGAUCCUAGUUUGAAAAUAGAAUUCAGAAAAGAGCGAAUUUGAUUUUCCAAAUGUUAUUCUACGAAGCUCACGAUUCAUAUUUCAAAAAAAAAAAAAACACAAACAUUUGCAGGAAUUAGUUUCUUGCAUUUGUAAUUUUAAUUUUUGAUAAGCACGUUUACGUGUGUUAAUUCUAAAAUAUCAAAGACGGACAUUUUUCAUGUAGCCAAACGAGCCAGGGUGUCAAAUUGACGAAGAACUUGAGAAAUAGUUGCAUAAAUAAUUAUUGAAUGAGAUGAAAAUGAGAACAGAAUCAUGUUCGGUAUUUCUUCUCCACACCUCUUCCCCCUCCUCCGUCCACAAAAAAUUGAUUUUUUAUGAAAUAGAAAAUUAUAUUUUAUUUAAAUGAUUUUAUCGUAAUAAGAAAUUCUGAUUUUUGGGCGGGGGGAGGGGAGACGAAGUGAAAUUUACAAAACUGAAAAACUUGGAGGUGAAAAGAUGUGGAAUCAGUAUUUUAAUUCCAGUUUUAAAAUUCUUUGCAAUUAUGUAUACUUUUUUGCCUUGUUUGUGACCCCCCCCUCUUUCAGAAAAUUGAUUUUCAAAGUUGAAAUAAGUGAUUCAAACAUUUCAGGUUUUCAACCAAUUUUCAGCAUUUUUCAAGCCUAAAAAACUGGCUGGCUCUAAAAUAAAAAUAAGAGUCCUCAAAAAUGUGAAGGGCUAAUUGUGAAAGUCGCUUUAGUCAGCAGUGAUUUUUGUACAAAUCAAUGAAAACAUUGUUGUCCUGCUUCAGUAAUAAUGUAAAAACUUCAUGGUCAAGUAUUAAAAAAACAUCUUCAACUAUCCCAGAAUGUAUUACAAUACUCAUUUUUCCCUUUAAAAUUGAUGAAAUAUGAAAAAAAAAUGUUUAAAGUUGUGUGAACAAAAAAAUGACUAAGGCGACUUUCACAAUUAGCCCUUCAUGUGUAUUGCACCCAAUUCCCAAGAUGGAAACUAAGUAAGAUCAUGCGUUUGAAAUAUGGAAUCAUUCGUGGGAAAAAAUCCACACCCCUCUCUCCUUUUUUAAACUUCUGACCAAUUUCAUUUUUUUUAAAAAUCGAUUUUCAUUUAUCUAGACCAUUUCAAUGUUAUAUUCACCCUUUCCUCCUCUUCUUCAUCCUUUUUUCACGUUUUACCGCAGAAAACAUUUUAAACACGUGUAAAAUAUCAUUGAAAAAAAAUUGCAAAUGUAAAAAAAAAAUUAAUUCAACUGCGAAUGCGAGUAGAUUAAUUGCGUGAUGAAUGAAGUACGUUCCCUGGCGAGUAAUUUAUCUAUGGCUUUUGGACAGAGUUGUUUUUUUACGCACAUGCGACACUCGAAAUUACCUAUGAACUUUUGUACAUUAUAAUUUAUAAUACAUAUAAACACAAUAAUUUGAGUACUAGGAAUUCUGUUUUCUCAAUUCGCGUAAUUUUUUGUGCGACGAUGGGGUAUUUUUAAUUGACACACCCCUUUGUUCAGACUCCGACUGUUUUUGAAUAUUCUGCUCGAUUUGAAAAAUUUCCCUCGAGAAAGCUCGAUGCAUUGGUUAAAAAUUUUGAAAGAGAAAAAAAACCGUCAUACCAAAUAAUUAGACUGAAAUUGACUUCAGUGAAACGGUACUUAUGUUUUUUUUGAAUUUAAUCAAAGAGUUUAAGUACCUCGUGUGUCAUAAUUGCAUAAGCAAUGUAAAAUGUAUUUUUAAUGUUUGUAUAAAUUAACGUUCACAACGUCUACCAUUUUUUAAAAAAUAAAUAUUGUGAAUGUAUUAUGUAUAUAUAGACUUUCUCGUUAUAUAUGAUUCUUAAAAUGUGUAGAUUAAUCAAAAAACCCUCAAAAAAAAGGAAAAAAAUAUAAGCGCGUAUUAUAAGGGAUAGCUUCACGUACUACCUACUUCGAAAGUACAGCCAUUGCUCAGAGUUUAAAAGCUAGAAUGGUAGAUAUCAUUUUUCAUAACUUACCAUCGAAACUUUAUAGGGUGUUAUUUUAAACCUAAAAAGGUGGCCUUUGUUAUAUACGAGAGUAUAUGACGCUUUUAUGUAUAACCUUUGAAAAGCCUUGUUAAAAAUGGCUCUUCAACGAGGUCUAGUCAAAUUUCAUCGAAGAUUUAUUUACAUUUAUUAAACCACCUCUAUACCGCGCCGUUGUCAUUUUAACAUGUAAACGUAUUUUCCAUUCAAUAUGUGUAAUGUGUUUGCUUGUGAUGUGCAUUUUCUUUCACCAUAAGACACGUUUACGUUUAACGCUUCACUGAUAACGUGUCUGUUGUGUUUAAACUCGUAUUGCCCGAGUAUUGAUUUAAUCAAAGUGACAUUUCUUCGUAUUAGAUUUUGCAAAUAGUAUAUGUAUUAGAGUACUCCCCCUCCCCCCUGCAAACCACCUCAUACUAAUUGAAUAUUUCUACCCUAAUGUUUUUGUUUUUCUCUCUAAAAUAGGGAGAAAUCUGGGAACAUUCGAUCGACAAGAAAAAUAAAAAAAAUACCAGCAACUUUGUAAUUAAACGUCGUCGUUAUAUAAAGCAACAUUUACACUGCCAAUGUUUUUUUUUGUUUUUUUUUUUAGAAAGAAAAAAAUCAUUUUAAGAAGUUUUAUUUAUUUAUUUUUUUUUUACUUAAUCUUGGUUAACCAUUCUGAGCGGAUUAAGAAAUGGCCGUACACUUUAAACGAGUAUCAAGUUGAAACAUUUCUAAAGAAAUUAUUUUUAAAGGCUGUGUUUAAAGCGAUAGCAUCGUGUUUUAUUAGGUACUUUAAUUAUUUUAAAUAUUUUUUUGCAUUUUUCUUCCCAUCUGUAUAAUGUGCCUAAAAAAUUAAUUAUUCUGGUCUUGCGUUUUUUCCCCUCCUUAAUCCUUAAAAAAGUGCAAUAUAAUUAAUCGAAGCUUAAGUUUUGUUUUUGUGUAAAUCGAGAGUUUUAAAACAUUAUAAACAAAAAAACGCGUAAUACAUACGAGAAUUUUUAACUACUUAACUGACGAUACCUACUAUACUACAUUAUGAUGUUGAAUACGUGUAAUUAGCUUUAAUUUUAUUUAUAUAAAAAUAAUUUAGGUUUUUUUUUCUCUAGAAAAAGUAAGCGAGACAUUCCAAAAAACGUGUAUUUUUUGUUUGUUUAUUUGUUUUAUUAUUAUUUUUUUUUUAUCGCGAAAUUAUUCGAAGAAAAAAAUGUGUCAACGAAAUGCUCAAAGUGUAAAGUAACCAGAAUACAUUCCUUUUUUUCAAUUUUA